AUGUCCACACCACCCUCUCUCCCACCGAACCCACAGUCCCACGCACAAUCACACCCCCCACCAAACCCCCUCUCCACGUCCCCCCGCCUCGACAUGCCCUUCGACCGGCGCCUCCUCCUAACAACAACCCUCUCUUUCCUCUCCGGCUUCACACUCGGCUCCCUCUCUGCCGGGCACAUGGCCUCUUUACGUUUCCGCGCCGAAAACGCGCACCGACUCCCCGUCUCGAACCCCGGCUGGUACCUCUACCACAAAUCCAAAAACUACUACAAGUGGCGCUACGGCAUCGUCGAGGGCCUGCGCAAGGGGACGUACAUCGCAGCCUGGAGUUCCAUCUUCUUCAUCGUAGAGGAGAGUCUGGAUGUUUUUCGCGGCACGUGGAGGGCGGGUCGCACGGUCGAGGAGAUGGAGGGCGUGGACGAGUUGGAUAUUAGGAGGAUUGAUAGGGGUGUUGCAAGGAGUAGGGAUGCGGGAAGUAGUGCGUUGGCGGGUAUGGUUACGGGGGGCCUGUGGAGUGCAUGGCAUCAGUUUCCGGUUUCGACGGCAGCAAGGACGAUUCGCAUGGGGUUGGUGGUGGGCGCAGGGUUUGGGCUUGCGCAGGAUGGGCUGGUUUGGGCGAAGAGGAGGUGGGGUGGGGAGGAGAGGGAGAGUUGGAUUUAUAGAGGCGCGAGGAAGAGGAGGGGGACCGAGGAGGGGAGUGAUGGGGGAAGUUGA